UUUGAAUUGUUUACAUUUUUUAAUACUAGUUAAAUACUUGAAUUUGUAGAAAUAAUCAAGUACUUAGUUAUUGAUUUAUGUAAACAUUAAUAAAAAUUGCAUUAAAUGGCUGAAGAAAGUAAUAGUACCGCGGCCGUAAAUGAAUUAAGUAGCCAAGUAGAUGAUAAACAAUCGUCUAAAAAUGUACAGCAGAACAAAAAGGAGGAAUCCUGGGGAUAUGAUUUGUAUCCAGAAAGAAGAGGCACGUUUACGCCAAAACUAACGAAUGUUCUUGUUGGUAAAGAAGGGAAAGAAAACCUAGACAAAAUGAAAUGUGAAAAAAACGUUUAUCACUGUGUUAAGAAUAGUCCCAUAGUGAAGGUGAUGAUGGCAGCCCUUAAAAGUUCUGGAUGUCCUAUUGAUAUUAGGAGACAUAUAUCAUGUGAAGUUUGUGAUUAUUCAGUUAGUGGCGGUUAUGAUCCUCAACUAAAUCAGAUUGUUGUCUGCCAAAAUGUUUCAACAAGAAAAAGUAUGGUGCAGGGCGUAUUGACUCAUGAGAUGAUCCACAUGUUCGACUACUGCCGUAACGAGCUGGACUUUAAAAAUAUGGAGCAUCUGGCUUGUACAGAGAUCCGUGCGGCGAAUCUUACACACUGCUCAUUUGUUAGCGCGUGGUCUCAGGGCGACGCCUCCUGGACGAAUAUUAAGAAAACUCAUCAGGAUUGCGUUAAGACAAAAGCUCUAUAUUCAGUUCUCGCCGUCCGACAAAUUGGCAAAGAAGAAGCUGUUGAUAUCAUUGAAAAAGUAUUCCCGAAAUGUUACGCCGAUUUAGAGCCUAUUGGGAGGCGGAUAAGGAGAAACUCCGAUGACAUGAUGAGGAUAUUCAAGGAAGCAUCGUAUUACGGUUACGAGUAGCUUUGGUGUGGUACAAAUCAACAGCACGCCAUACUACACAAAUGUAUCAAGCUGUUAUGCUUGAUUUUGAACCUUAAUAUAUUGGUAACAGAGUUUAUAAUCUGUUUCCAAAAUUAAUCAAGUAUGUGUUGUUGUGUAAAUGACUAUAGUAUAGAUGUUGUAGAUAUGAUAUUAUAUUAAAUAAAUACACUUUGUUGAUUAUUUAAAAUAA